ACAAGAAAUUGAUAGAACAGUAAAAAUAAUAAAAUAUGAAUGGGGAAAAUUUUUUAAAAAAUUAUGAACUAUCUCAAGAUUCUACGGAAAAACUUAAAAUAAUUAAAGAAAAAUUAAAAGAAGAUAUAAAUCAGGCUGAUCCUUGGUGGCAAGUUGUAAAUAGAAAGAAAGCAGAAAUAACAUAUAUGAAUGAAGAAGAAACCUUGAAUGAGAGUAAUGAGAAUGAAAAUUGUAGUGAUAUUAUAACUGAGACAUCAGAUCAACUUUUAUCCACGCAAUUUUAUUUUACACAAUUUGACAAAUCCGUUCACAAAAAUACUAAACAAGAACAUGUACCAAAAUUUGAUCUAACAGAAUAUCUUUUGGAAGGAUUAGAGUGUCCUAAUGGAAAAUUGGAUUUAAGUCAAUUAGAAAAUUUAACAGAUAUAGAAUUUAUAGAAAUAAUUUGUAAUUUGGAAAAAAAAUUGAGUACAUUGGGUAUAUAUAAUUUAUGUUAUACCAUGAAUAAUAUGACAUUGGAACAACGUAUGAAAUAUGCAGAAAUACUUCAUACUCAUUUAUUAUUACCAAAGAUUAUUGCUUUAAAAGAACCUACAAGAUCACUUGUAUCUGUUUUAAUAGAGUGUACUAAAAAAUUUCCAGAUGAUAUUCAGAAAUUAAUUUUUAUUCCUCUCUUAAAUAUUGAUUUAAUAGAUACAACAAUUAUUAUUGCUAUAAUAAAUGCUUUCGAAUUUGAAAGGUAUAGUGUUCUUAUAACGGAUUAUUUAACGAAUGUGAAAGAAUUAAAAUUAUGGCAUAUUUCUUUUUUACAAACUUUAAUUUCUACCAAAAUAGAUAUUUCCAUGAAUAACAAACUUAUACAAUUAUUACAUGAAAAAGCAACUGAUUUUAGCAAAGAUAAAAAUUUUGGAAAGUUUAUAUUAUCAUUUAUAAAAUUAAAUAUUAAAUUUUCUAAUGAACAAAUACAUUUACUAUGGGAAAUAGGAAAUAUUAAUCAAACAUUAUUUAAAAAACCUGUACAAAAUAUAUUAAAAUCUAUGUUAUCCUUGUAAAUAUUAUAAACAGUAUAUUAUGAAAAAUUAUAUAUGAUAAAUUUUAUUUUUUUAUUA